CCAAGGAGCGCAGAGAGGGCCCAGGAGUCUCUAGCGCUGCAGCAGCGACGACUCCUAACCCGCCAGAUUAUUCGGCCGAGCCACGGCCACUCCAACCUGCGCUGGCCCAGAGGAAAACACACUAACAGCUCUCAGUUGGCGCCGCAAGCCACGUGACACGUUUGGGUCAUGUGACCCUGAAACCUGGCGGCUUAAGUCUGUUACCCCGGCAACUGCUGUGCCCCGGUCGACCUCCGGAAAAGCGCGGAAUUCAGAGGCGAAGUGUUUCCAACAGUGUACAUACUUUGGAAUGUUUACUUUGGGAAGUGAAAAUUAUUGAUAAUGGCCCACUCUUCCAAAGAAGAGCUAGAUGAAGAGUUUGAACAGUUCAUGAAAGAGCUUUCAGAUGAUUCUUUUGAAAAUUCAAACAAAACACCUAGAAAACCUAAAGAAGUGCAGAAGAAAGAUACAGUGCCAUGGUGGAUAACUGAAGAUGAAUUUGAUGAUGGUGGACUGCUGGGAACAAAUGUAAGCUAUUUGAAAACAAAGAAGACCCCUCAGCCUGUUAUGGAAAUUGAAGAGGAGUCUGCUGAAAGGAUUCAGUUUCUUAAAAGCAGUGGAACCUCUGUCCUAAGUAUUGACAGCUUAGAAGCCAAUGAGAUAGUUUCAGAGCUCAAUCAUAGUGUUCUUGGAUUGGGAUUGGACACAUUAGAAGAACAAGAGGAAAAAGAGCAGUUUUUUGCCAGGCUUGAGAAAGGCUUAACAUCUUCCAUUGAUUAUUCAAGAUUAAAUAAGGAAUUGGAUUCCAAUGACUCCAUACAUUUUAAAGCUUUACAUAGUAAUCAAGCUCUCAUGGAACUAACCGAAGAUAUGCAUGGGAGUGAAACAAAACAUGAAGAAUUAGCAGAAAAUUACAGUGACGAUUUUGAAGAUGAAGAGGAUGUUGAUGCACCUUUGACCCCUAAGGAAGAGACUUAUUCCAAAGAAAAUCCCAAAUCAGAAAAAAUAUGUGUACCCAAGCAGGAAGAAGAGAAGACUGGCAUGUUGGCUAAUGUAGUGCUGCUUGAUUCACUGGAAUCUGUUGCAGAGGUCAACUUUGAUGAACAGAACAGGGCAACAACCAAGCCAGAGGUCCUCCCAGAUAUGAAUGAUAAUGAAAUGACAGGAACAGGUGUUUCUUAUGGACAAAGCAAUAGUGACAUUGAAGCUCUGCAUCAGGCUUACUGUCAUAUAGCCCAUUCUCUGGGAGAUGCAGAUGAACAAAGAACUGAGAGUAAUGCAGUGGGAAGUAUCAAAAGCUCGGCAAAAGGGCAUCAAGAAAAUGAAGAGUCUUCUAAAAACAUCUCUACUACGGAAUCUGAUCUGCCCACCGUAGAAGAGCUGAUGAAACCUAUCAGAAUAGAUUCCUUUGGAGUCAGCGAUUUUGAUUUACAACCUGUCAGCUAUAAGAAAUUGACUGAGAAUAAAGAAAUCGAAUUUAUUAGCCCUUUACCCCUGAAGAUGGACCCAAAUGUUACAUCUCAAGAACCACAAAAUGUGAGCCAAUUUUUGGACAAAAAUGAAGAAAAUGUAGUUUUACAAAUGGCCACAGAUGAAGGUACAGGAAACAACGGUGCAAGAGUAAAUACGGUGGAAGAACAAAUAGAUAAAAUGUAUCUUGAUAUUUUGAAGAAAAAAAUAUCUGUUGCUCCAUCGUUAUUACCUCAGGAUGACAAAAUAAAUAAAACUUCUCAAUCUCAGGUCAGUUCUGGAGAAGAAGGGGCUGUAAUUGGUAGACAGCUGCCAUACAAGAAGGCCAGAAGUGCACCUCCUUUAUUUAAAAGAAAACCCCAGAGUGGAUUAUAUGCAUCAGUUCGGAGCUCAGGCUACGGCAAACCCAGUUCACCAUGCAAGACAUUUUCUAACCUUGAAAAGAAAACCUCAAAGGACAUUAUGAAAAGCAAAAACUUGAGAUCCAUUCCUACCUCAAAUCAAGCUAGGAAAAAAGAAAUCUUAUCUGGAACAAAACUCAUCAAGCCUGCAGCUUUGGGUAAACCAUCUCCCCAAAUUGAAAGUUGUCUGGCUCCUCCUGAGAAAUCUGAAGGCCCCACAGAAUCUGAUUGCUGUGUUCAGUUUCGGAAUGAUUCUUCAGGAUAUCAUGGUGGGAACAAAGAGACAGAACUGAUUAUGUUUAGAAGAGUUCAGGAAGCAGAGGAAAAGUGGAGGGGUGCACAAGCCCUAAUUGAGCAAAUUAAGGUUACAUUCUCAGAAAAAGAGAGAGAACUGGAAAAUAAAAUGGAGGAACUAAAGAGACAACAGGAAAAGGAACUCUUCAGAUUGAAUCAAGACAAUUAUAUUCUUCAAGCCAAGUUAAGUAGCUUUGAAGAAGCAAACAAAAAGCAAAGGUGGUUGCAUUUUGGAGAAAUAACUGAUCCUGUCACUGAAGAAAAAUUGAAGCAAAUCCAAAAAGAAAUACAAGAACAAGAGACCCUUCUUCAGGGAUAUCAGCAGGAAAAUGAAAAAUUAUAUAAUCAAGUGAAAGAGCUCCAAGAACAAAACAAGAAAAAUGAGGAGCGAAUGUUCAAGGAAAACCAGAGUUUAUUCAGCGAGUUAGCUUCCUUAAAAGAACAGAUGCACAAAAAUCGUUUCCUGUCUCACGUAGUGGAAGAUUCAGAGCCCGCCAGAAACCAGAAUUUUACAGACCUGUUAGCAGAACUACGGGUGGCACAGAAAGAAAAAAACAGUUUAUUGGAGGACAUUAAAAGACUGAAGCAGGACAAACAAGCUCUUGAAGUAGACUUGGAAAAAAUGAAGAAAGAGAGAGACCAAGCCAAAGACCAGAUUGCUUAUGCCACAGGUGAAAAAUUAUAUGAAAUAAAAAUUUUAGAAGAAACACAUAAACAAGAAAUCAGUCGUCUGCAAAAAAGAUUACAGUGGUAUGCUGAAAAUCAGGAACUUCUGGAUAAAGACGCAUUUCGGCUUAAAGAAGCAAAUGAAGAAAUCGAGAAGCUGAAACUUGAGGUGGAGAAGCUAAAAGCUGAAUCUGGAAAUCCAUCUAUUCAGCAGAAGAUACGUUUAAAAGAAAAAGCAGCUGAUGCCAAAAAAAUUCAGGAUCUAGAACGACAAGUUAAGGAAAUGGAAGGAAUUCUCAAGAGACGAUACCCCAAUUCUUUACCUGCUUUAAUAUUGGCUGCAUCAGCAGCUGGUGAUACAGUGGAGAGAAAUACAGUGGAAUUUAUGGAAAAAAGGAUUAAAAAACUGGAAGCUGAUCUGGAGGGCAAAGAUGAAGAAGCAAAGAAAAGCCUCCGUACCAUGGAGCAGCAGUUUCAGAAAAUGAAGAUCCAGUAUGAACAGAGACUUGAGGAGCAGGAGCAGCUGCUUGCCUGCAGAUUAAAGGAGGCAGCCCAGAACCAACACGACAGCCCCUCCAGGGUGAAAGCACUAGAGAAGGAACUGGAGGAGGUUAAGGAAAGUCACCAAAGCACCGUGAGAAACCUUGAAGCCGAAAUAGAUGUUCUUAAACACCAGAAUGCGGAGUUGGAACUCAAGAAAAAUGAUAAAGAUGAUAAAGAUUUCCAGUCUAUAGAAUUCCAGGUGGAACAGGCUCAUUCAAAAGCUAAACUGGUCAGGCUCAAUGAGGAGCUGGCUGCAAAGGGGAGAGAGAUACAGGACCUUUCCAAAACUGUGGAGAGGCUUCAGAAGGAGAGGAGAAAGAUGCUCUCACAUCAGCACUGCAAGGCUGGAGAGGAAAUCACCACCAAAAGGCUGAAGAGAGAUGGUCUGCACCCAGGUAAAGGAGACGCAAACUCCUUCCCUGGAUCCCUGGAGGGCAGGCUUUACCAACCACAUGCUUUUACUGAUGCCCAUGUUUCAGAGGUUUUACAAGAAAACUGCAGAUUGAAAAAUGAACUGGAGAGAUUAACUGUGGAGAGGAAUGAGCUGAAGAUGAAAUCUGAAGUAGCAGUGAACCAAUUUGAAAAUUCCAUGAAAAGGUUCAAGGAAGAUACUGCAGCACAUAUCGCAUCUCUCAAAGCAUCUCAUCAGAGGGAAGUAGAGAAACUCCUUUGCCAAAAUGCAGUAGAAAAUGCUUCUUCCAAAGUAGCCGAACUGAAUCGUAAAGUAGCAACUCAAGAGGUACUUCUAAAACAUUUCGAAAAUCAAGUUAACGAACUGCAGGGUAAACAAGAGUCUCUUGUAGUUUCUCAAGUUCGAGAAGAAAUCCUGCAGAGAGAGAUUACAAAACUCUUGGAGGAAUUGAGAGAAGCCAAAGAAAACCAUACACCAGAAAUGAAACAUUUUAUGCUCUUAGAAAAGAAAAUUAAACAGAUGGAAAUGAGACAUGAACAAAGAGAGCAGGAGCUUCAACAGAUAAUACAGCAAACACACCAGGUAGCAGAAAUCAAGCAAAACAAAGAGAUUGAGAAAUGGAAAAGACUUGCACAGUUGAAGAAUCGUGAGCUGGACAAGUUCCGCACAGAGUUGGACUCGAUUUUGGAUGUUCUCCGGGAGCUGCACCGGCAGGGGGUGGUCGUGCCAGCUGCUUUUGCAGAUGAAGUGAAUGCACCCGAGUAUUACUAGAAACCCCCAUGUCAUGUGACCUCACAGAAAGGCCUGAUAAUGGAUGGUGUCCCUGUCACGAGGCUUUUGAAAAAGUGUUCCAUUAUGUUGCCAGAAUGAGGACAACACAAAAGCACCAUUUCAAAAUAAAUUAUUCUUUUAGCAAUGAGGGGGAAGAAAAGCAGCAUUAAUGGUGUAUUUCACCAAAAAUCAUUAACCCAUCACAUUUUAAAUAAUUUAUGGACAAGUCCCUUUAUGUCAGAUGGUUAGAACUUGUGAAACUUAUUGCGAAAGGUCUCACAUGUUAAAUGUGGAAAGAAAACAAAAUUGCACAUACUUUGCCAUUAUUGAUUAAGUGUGUGUUCUUAAUUCUUGGUUCUAGAAAAACAGCUUCUCUUUCUCAGAAACACAGGGAGGAAUGUGAGCACGGUGGCUUGGACAUUCUCAUCAACAGUCACCUAAGUAGUGGCACUUGCGUGAUCAUUUUGAUGAGAAUUGUAACUUCUAUACAAGUAGUGUUUUCCCAGGUUUGCACUCCUACCUCUAGGUGCCUCAUUUUGCAUUUGAUAAAAGGUGCAAAAUAUACUUCUCAAGAGGGGGAUUUGAUUUAUUUUAAUUUUUUAUGCUAUGAAUCUUAUUAAAUGCCAGUCCUUGUUUUGUAACUCUUAAGAUUAUAAAAAAGAGUAUUUUUACUUUCUCUAUCCAAAACGUAAUGUAUAUUCACUAUAAAAAAUUAAAAGUAUGCAUAAAAGUAGCCAGAUUAUUCUUUUAUUUUACAAUUCAAUUUCCAAAAGCAGAGAGCAGGCUAGGAGAUACUGAUAAAAUUCAUAGCUACUUUGUUUUCGAAUGUUCUAGCCCAUUUGCUAUCCAAUAGAAGAAUAAUGUGAACCACAUGUAAUUUUAAAUUUUCUUGUAACUACAUUUUAAAAUAUUUUUUAAAUGAAAUUCUGGUAAUUUAUGUAAUACACUUAAAGUAACACUAUAAAAAUUGGAUUUUUACAUUCUUUUUUUCAUACCAAUUCUCCAAAAGCUGGUAAGUUUGCCAUUUAUAGCACAUCUCGGUUUGGACCAGCCACGUUCUAAGUGCUCAAUUACUACAUGCCAGUUGAGUACAGUUCUGGAAUAAUCAUUACAAAGUGCAAAAGGACAGGUGAAAUAGAUCUUGGUGAAAUUGUAGAUAGCAAAUGUAAAAUGUAGAAAUAAAAUGUAAGGAAUAUAAUGUCUUAAUGUUCAACAUUUUUUUAAUGUCCUUUUCCUAAGAGGGUAGAAAGCAUUAAUUAUAGUUUGCUGUUUUUUAUGUGAAAGAAUUUUAAGUUAUAAACUAUUUUGGUUA